GCCUCCUGGAUAUGUGCGCGCUCGGCCCGGGCUGGCACUUAAACAUGGUCUGACUGACGCUAUGCGCGAUGAAUGCCACACGGGGUCUUCUGACCGUUUUGAGUCUGGUGUGCCACACUGAAUCGAUGUGCUCACCAACCUCCUACUACAAGAACUGCUGGAUCCGACGCUUCCCGGGGAUCUUUAUCGAUAUCGAGGAGUCCCUGAGAAGAGGAGCGCAGCUCCUCAGGUCCUACCCAGAGGAGACGGCGCUGAAAUGCAGCCGCAGCUGCUGCCUCGCCAGAAACUUUUCCUGUAAUCUGGCCAUAUUUCACUUUGAUGUCACACAAGAGAGCGUGAACUGCGUCCACCUCCACUGUCCAACGCUGGAGAGCUGCAUCCUGAGUCACAGGGAGAACGUUGUCCUCUACAACAUUACAAAGGGUGUGGAUCCUGAUCUCUUAGUGUUUGGAAAACACUUCACCUCCAACGUCCGUGUGCUGCCCCACCACUACAGCAGAGUGAACGCCUCAGAUCCUCUGCCCUCAGACAAGCGACAGUUCAUCCAUCCGCCUCCUCAUCCUGUGCGACCUCCCACCUCUGCACCCUCCGUGAAACCUCGGCAUCCCACGACGGAAGCAGACACCACCACAGCACAGCGGAGCGUCCCUCAGCCCACAACCGCCUCUCCAACCAAAACCACAGUUUGUUGCACCGAACAAACCUCCCCAUCCUCGGAAAAGCAUGCGCGUACAACAAUCCGGACGACUGCUGGAACAUCUGCCGAGCCUAGCAUCACCACGUCGAAUUUGGUCACCAGCGCAACCUCCGUCGACCCGGAGACACCUCCAGGGUCAUUGACAACUGCGAAACCCUUCACACCCGUUCCUGUCCAUCGUUCAACCACCGCCGUCCACAAGCUGCCCAGCAGCUCUUCAACAACUCCAACGAGGGACACAGAGAGCAACACCACCCUGGAUGGCACCGCUGGGCGAAACCACACUGCAGGCGGCGGUGAUGAAGGUCAGGAAGUUGGCGAGGGGGACGCUGUAGAUGACCCAGGCGGCCACGUGCCACCUGGGUGGCACGUGGCCGCCCACACCUUACUGGUUGCUGUGGCCAUCUGUGUCACCCUCCUGCUGAGCUGCUGUUGCUCCGUUCUGCUGGUGGUGAGCUGGAGGGCCCAGAGGAAGAGGAUAGGCCGUUAUCGCACCUCGUGGAGAGGAAAACGAGGCUCCAUGCGUCUGAUUAAAUAUGUGCUGGUUAAGGAGAACUGCUGAAAGACCGAACUGCCAGAAAUGAGGGGGAUGCUUAACCCCAGUCACGUAGGAGUAGGCAUUAGCCUGUUACUGGUUAAAAGUUAGUUUAAAAACCUCUAAAAGUUUCUCCACAGCUACGGUUCCUACGAUCUAAUGACAUGCAGGAGGAGCAGAAGAGACGAGUUUUCUUUAGCUGCAUUGACUAUAAAAUAAUAUAUUACCACCCAGCCCCCACAUGUUGCUGUGCAAUGCUGGUCAGCUAGCUGAAAAGGGGUCACUGUGCUCUACAAGAAAGACAGAUUUGCCUUUUUGGAAAUAUUUGGUUUAGAAACCAAAUCUGCAGCACUUCUUAUUAACCAGCUAAAAUCUGCUUGUUAUACCUGCCUUAC